AUGCAGUUUUCCGUCGCCGUCCUCGCUCUCUUUGGAACUCUUGCAGUUGCCAAUCCGUUCUAUCCGAACCUCUCCCUUCGCAGUUGCUCCUGCGAGGAGACUCCAUGCUGCGAGGUUGAAGGCUGCUGCUACCCUUGCAGGGAAGGCUCCGAUGCCGACUGCGCCCCUGAAGUUACUGAGCGAUCGCUUGUUGAUGUCGUAGUGUAA